AUGGCGCUUGUAAGUGGUUAUUCGUCAAGUUCAGGAGCUGAUUCGGAUGAUGCGGUGGGAGAUUUGACCAGUGGCCAGGUAGCAACGACCCAGCCUACAGGUCAGCAGCUGGGAGGUUCUAUUUUCACGGCUGCGAGCAAAAGACAGUUUGAAGAUACUUCGUUUGCGAUCCUCACAGAUUCUAUUAAGAAGAGACACUACUUUACAAAGGCAGAGUUAAAGUUGCGUCGCAAGCAGCGAAAAGGAACAGGGCCAUGGGGCGCAUGGGAGUCGUCAAAUAGUGAGGGCGAAAGUGAAUUGGCGGGCGUUAUAACGGAGCCGGUUGCAUUACAGGGAGAUGAGCAGGAGAAAGACUCCGUUGCUGAGGAAAGCUCCACAUUCUAUGGCCAGGCAAGUGGUGACUAUCUAGGGAGGGGAAUUUUGCACCCACCAGCAGACGCAUCCGUUGAUUUUGAGAAGGACCCUCUCUCCUUCCAGUGCUAUUUACCAAAACGUAUUCUUCAUGUCUACGAUGGCCACGACAGGGGUACAACAGCGUUAGAGUUUCUGCGGAAAACCGGUCAUUUAUUUCUUUCAGGUGGCAAUGAUGGGGUGUUGAAGAUAUGGGAUAUGUAUCAUGAGCGGCUUUUGCUACGGGAUUAUUGUGGACAUCGUAAAGCAAUAUCGGCCACUAGCUUCUCACAUGACAACGUUCAGUUUGCGAGCAGCAGUUACGAUAAGACAGUCAAAAUAUGGGAUACCGAAACUGGUGAUAUAAUCAAUAGAUUAUCAUUUAAAGCUACUCCAAAUUGCAUGACUUUUCACCCCCAGAAUAAAGAGCAAUUGCUGGUGGGGUUUUCCGAUUCAAAAAUUAGACACUUUGAUUUACGCGUAGACAAGAAGGAUGGUGUGAUACAGAUCUAUGAUCACCACCUAGCAGCAAUUAAUGCGCUAAGAUACUUUCCUGACGGGUCGAAAUUCAUUUCAUCAUCGGAUGAUAAGUCUAUACGAAUUUGGGAGAACCAAAUUAACAUUCCUAUUAAACAAAUUAGUGACACAGACCAAUAUCCUGCUCCCUGGAUCCAGUUGCAUCCUGAACACAACCAAUUUGCUGCACAGAGCAUGGACAACUCUAUUUAUGUUUAUUCAAUGAAACCCAAGUAUAAACGGCAUCCGAGGAAGGCGUUUAGGGGCCAUAAGUCUGCCGGGUACAAUUCUAUGUUUGAUAUUGCACCCGAUGGACGGUAUGUGGCAGCCGGCGACACCUCAGGGCGACUAUUCAUUUGGGAUUGGAAAACUACUAAAAUACUUCGACAGCUAGAAACAACAAAAGGGGAAACCCUUAAACAGGUUGCAUGGAGUCCACAAGAAACAAGUAAAAUCAUUUGCAGCGGCAAGAGUGGGAAGAUAUUCCUCUUCGAUUAA